GGGACAUAUCACAUUGUAUUACACUCCAAUUGCAAUUCUCACUCAAACUUCAAGCAGGAGAUAUCAAGUUAUACGGAGUAUAGGAGAUUCCCAAUAGUCUUCAACUUUUAAGGAUGGCUAUCCUAUCAGGACUUUGGUUCUCUGGCCAUCCACGAAUUUCCUCCAGAGCCAGCAAUUAGGAUACAAACAGGUAACUUUAUUUUCAAUAUAUUUUCUUUCCUCUCCCUCUUGUUCGUAUUGCAUGUGUAAAGGAAUUUCAGCACCAUAAUGAAUUUCGUUGCCUUAUCUGCUAAAAUAUAUCCCGGUGAACUACAAUUUGCUGGUUCCGCCGGUGAGCUACAAUCUGUUCACACAAUUUGGCCGCUAAACUCCAUAUGCUGGUUCUGCCGACUCGGUUUGUGAAUUCCAAUGAGGAGUGCUCUGCGGCGAGAUUCUUUCGGAGCUGUAGCGAUCUGCUGACUGCCGAAGCAGAGAAGGAGAUGAUACUUGAAUAGGUGCUGAUGCCUCUUGCCGGAUUGCUCGGAUUGGAAGCUAGUUGGUGUUGGAAGCUAGUCGGUGUUGGAAAAGAUGUUGCCGCCUCUUGCCGGACUGUUCGGGUUGGAAGCUAGUUGGUGUCGUCGUUUGAAGGCGGUACACGAGAGCUAGUUGGUGUUUGGCAGAUUGCAGGGGUCGGAUGCCUCGGAAGCUUGUCGGUGUUGACGCUGAUAGAACCUGCCGCUGUACACGAAGAGCUAGUUGGUGUUUGGCAGAUUGUUGGGGUCAGAUGUCGCGGAAGCUAGUCGGUGUUGACACCAAGAAUUUGGAUCCAGAUGCUGAUUUUUGUUGCUGCCGCCGAGAUGAUGGCGUAGGUGCUGUAUUUGUCGGAAAUCGAUGCCAGAAUCUUGAAGCGGUCUACCUAAUCGCUGGUGGCUGGUUGCCGUUUCAAGGAAGAUGGAGCUCGGCGUAUGACUUGUGCAGUUCGUCGGAAAGCUAUCGUCGCUGCUGACUCGUCACUGGGACUUGAAGCCGGUUGCUAGUCGGAAAUAAGAAGACGAGUGGCUGAUUGUUGGUGCCAGUCGCUACUUGUUUGCCAUGGAGUUCAAUCGCUCGUUGAUUCUGUUACUUCAGCCUUGGUACAAAAGAGGAUUGCCAACAGAUGAGACCAAUCGCUUGACGGGGAGAUGAUAAACCAGUUGGUGCUUCGCUGGUCAGAGAAAUGCCGGUGAGGAAGAUCUCGUCUUGCUUGAAACUGAUUUUCGUUCAUAGGAGGGAUCUGCCUUGUUGCUGGGAUCUUUUGUCGUACCUGGGAGAAGAAGACCUGACCGGGAAAGAAAAGUUGCCGUCGCCGGUGCUAAUUUGUUGUUGGGCUGGUUUUUGUUGCUGAUUUCUGGCGAGGUCUGUGGUCAGAAAUGUUGCUGGCCCGAGUUUCGUAGAUGCAACGAAUAGAGAUUUCAAGGAGUCGAGGUCACUGAUUUCCUCAGAAUUUACCUCGUUAAUUCACUGCUGCUGUCGAUUUCCAACGAGGAGGGUCUAAGGUAUCCUUAUGUUCGCUGGAGGAUGAAGAAUCGCAGGGCUGCUGUUGAUUUCUUUAGUACCUGCGUGCUAAGAAGCUGACUGGAAGUAGAUGACCCGGCUGGAGGAGUUGCUUUUAAUGGCCUUCAUUAAUUUUUGGGCCUAUUCAGGAUUUUCACCUUCCAGAUUUUCUUUUUUUUAGACUUGAGCUAUCUGGUCUUAUUUGGGAUGCUUAGGAAUUUCAUGUCCCCUCUUUUUUGGGUAUUUUUCUUUUGCUUUUUUUCUGGGACAAUCUUGACUGCUUUACGCUAUGCAUCCUCUUCCACUCGCCGGAAAAAUUGAGAGUUCUAAUGCUAGCUGUUAUUUUGAUAAUCGUGUAGCUUUGCUGAUUGCCCAUACCGUCAGUGCUACUCGCUCCGUUGUUGGGAUGGUGAUGUCGUUGUGGAGACGUCGUUCGAAGCUCAACUCAAUCUACUUCCGAUGAGAAGGAGAUUAAAGAAUUCCCUAAGCCUUUGCCGUUCAUCUGUCUUUUUUCAUGGAGUCAAACUUAACUUUGGAAUGACAACUUCAAGUCCAGCUUAUUCUCCCGCCCUAGAAUUUUUGCUCCCAGGAUGUGAUUCUCAAACCGUGUAACAAUAAACCUUGUUCCAUUGCAAAGCCUCAUAGAAGGAUCAAUAUUUCUCAGAAACAUUAUUGGAUUACCAACUUUAAAGAUUAACUCAUGGUUCAGAACUCUGAUGCAUGAAAUUUAUUGGGGAAUUGUGGAGUGUGCAAAUCUAACGGCAUUUGAGUUUGACCGACAGAUGUUAUCAGAACUCAAACAUGUCAUUUGAUUUUGAUGGUUAAAAAAAGACACAAAUGUUUAAGAAGGACCAUCAUUGAUAGGAUCCCUUUGCCGAUUCAGUUUCAAAAUCCCAAAGCCCAGUAGGCAAACUAACGGUGGUUUGGGAGGUAACCUCCUCCGUUGCACUCCACUUCCGCAAAAAAUGGCGGACUUGAUAAUGGAGGAAAGAGAAGAGGCGAUGGUGUCACACGCAGGUGGAAAACCAGCCCUCAGGACUGCCCAUUUUCUCAAACCUUCAACCACCUCCACUGACAGCCGGGUCUUCUCCCUUCCGCAGCAAACCGCAGCGGCCGGCGGCAGGGAACCUCCCCCCAAGUUUACGUUCCACGGGUGGAGCAACAAGCCACUCAAGGAUUGGGCCAAAUGGGUCGAGUCCAUGUGCACCCUGCACCAACCCAUUUGGAAGAAGACCGGGAUUCAUGAAGCAAUUAUGAAUUCCACAACCACAAUUCACCGGAGCGAUGAGCUUAUCAUCGCUCUCGCCAGAAAAUGGAACCCGGAAACGAACACAUUCUGGUUUCCAUGGGGAGAAGCCACUCUCACGCUGGAGGAUAUGAUCGUCCUUGGGGGUUUCUCUGUUUUGGGCGGGUGUGUGGACCCAGAUUUCAGCCCUGUUAAAGACAGAAAAUUGGAAGACACGAAGCAGAAGCUACUCAAAGUCCGAACCGAGUUAAACAAAUCUGCAGCAAAGAAAGUCACUCAAACUAACUGGAUCUGUAAGUUCAUGAACAACAGUGAGUAUUGUGAAAUAGAGCACGAAGCCUUUCUUGUGCUAUGGUUGGAGAGGUAUGUUUUCCCCUACUCCCCACAUGACACCAUAGGCACAAAGCUUCUGGACAUGGCCAUACGUUUAGGUAGAGGAGAGAGAAUCGCUCUUGCACCCGCAGUCUUGGCCAUCAUUUACAAGAAUUUGACUUUCAUGAAAAAUGCUUUGCUUGCUCUUGACGGGACAAAAAUAUCUGCAAUUUCAGCCCCAUUUCGGCUGGUGCAAGUAUGGGUUUGGGAGAGAUUCCCCGUUUUAAACCAAAACAAUCGCAUUUGUGUUGGACAUGAGAAGUCGAGGUUUGCAAGAUGGGAUGAUGUGAAAAUGAGUGUGAAAAAGAAUUUGGAGUUUGUUAGAGAAGAUUUUAUCUGGCGGCCCUACAUGUUUUGGGCCAGAAACUCACCUCUUUAUAAAGAAGGUGAAGAAGAAGAAAGGUGGAUAUUGGUGGGUAACGGUGAUGAAGAGGUUCAUGAGUUUGUUAGAUGUUUGAGAGUAAGUGAGCUGGUUGGGUUAGAGGGAUGUAUAGAGCAAUACCUGCCACACCGUGUGGCAAUGCAAUUUGGAAUGGAUCAGGAUGUUCCUGCAUUCGUGGCGCGAGCCAACGAAUCCCCCGGGGUUGCAUGGGACUGCUACACAAGGCCUGUCCUGGACAUGAAAUUGUGGGUCCCAUCGCGACGUUCGUUCCAGAGCGGUGUUACCACUCAUUACUUACGUUCAUGGGGGCUCAAGGACUCGAUGGGCACCGAAAAGGUUGGCAGCGGUGUGAAGCGGAAAAAGGAAGGCUGCCACCUUUCGAGACCAGAAUCUGAUGAGAACGCUCCUCCUGCCACUUCUUUUGAUGAUGAAGACCACGACGAUGAAAUUUCGCUGGCUGAACUUCUUAUGAAGAGGGAAAAGUCUAAACAUCACACUCCUGAAAAAACUGGUGUUCAUGGAGAGAAGCAGCCUGAAAUACUGGGAUUAUGCACGCGGUAUAGAUGCAAUGAGAGCAGUGGAAGAGAAAGAAGUGAAGAGCAUGUGGAGAUGCCAAUGGUUCAAGAAAAAGGAUUACUUGAAGCUAAGAGUGUAUCUGUCAGUUUCAAGAAAGACAAAGGCAGAGGAGGAGGAUGUGCUAGUGCUCCUGCUGCUGCUUCUGUUAGAAUAGACGGUGAAGGUGGUGUUUCGUCCCCGCAGAGUCCUCCUUGGAGAACACUGGAAGCCAAAAUUAUGAACCUUGAGAGGUUGGUUGCUUUGAUGAAACGGAAAAACUGACCAUGCUGUCCAAGUCUAGCUAAGAAGUUGUUAGAAUAGACUUCUGUCCUAGUCCAGUUGUAGCAUAGUUUUGUUGUAUUUAUAUAUCAUAUUGCACCUCUAGCCCGUUUGGAAGAAGGCUUUAGUUUUGACUUAUAUAGCAUAGUUUUUUGACUUAUUAGUUUUAGGGCACUUUUAGCUUAACUUUUGGAAAUUAUAUUACUUCAGUUGAUAUUUGUGUGUUGGUGUAUGCGGUGCCAAUCCUACCGUCAAUCCUACAUAAACUUGGGUAUGAG